AUGGCUGACUGGGACGUGACUGAGGUAAAAGGGCAUCUUGAAAAGUUGUACUCAGAGUUGGACGAAAUCAAUGCAGAGGAGAAGAUAAAGAUAGAAGAAGUAGCUAAGAUUAGAGCAUUACAUACGGCAAAGCUAGAAGAAGCGAGUUAUGCCGGAAAUGACACGGCUGUUGGAAAUGACCAACCUGUUGACAGGAUUAUCGAGGAGGACAGGGGUGGUGCUGUGGCUGUUUGUGGUGCUGAUGAUGAUGAAGAUGAAGAUGAUGAACAUGGGGAUGAGGACGAGGGUGUAGGUGCUGAAGAUGAUGAAGAAGAUGAUUCUGAAACUGGUCAUGGAGGGCGCUGGUCUUCUGGCUCUGAUGAUGGUGGAGGUGAGUAUCCCGCUUAUGAUGACGACAGCGGCUCAGCCGAUUCAGAUGCUUACAGGCGGCCCAGUCCUACCAGCUUUUACGAUCCUUGGGAUUAG